GAGUUCUGCCAGACGCAGCUGGCGCUGCUGCACCUGCGGUCGGCGGCCCUCUGCUUCCAGCUCCGCCUGCCGCCCCCGCGCACCGCCGCGGAGCAGAGGCACUUCGACGACAUGUUCGCCGACCGCUUCGCGACGCGCCCCAGCGGCGGGAGCGUGGCCGCCGCGGCCGCGAGGAUGGACCCCAACGUCAGCCUGCUGCGCGAGGAGAUGAGCGACGCCUUCGAGGUCCUGGGGCGCCUCGUGGCCUCCGUCAACACCUCGGUCAUGCGGUUCGGCGUGGGUGCCCUGUCGCGCACCGUCAGGACCCUGGAGGCCGCGGCGCAGAACCCGGGCUGCCAGGCCGUGCGCGCUUUCGCCCAGCACCUCCGCGAGCGCGGUACGCACACGGAGAUCUUCGGGGAGUCUGAGAGCCCCGCAUUCAUCAUCAAGGAGAAGGACCUCGACGAGAGCCUGGAGGAGAUGGGCCGCCGCGCGCUGAAGUGGGCCUGCGACGCGGGGGAGCGGCAGCUGGCCUCCGCGCGGGCGCGCGUGGCGAGGUCCUCCGAAGGACUCGUGCAGGCCGAACAGGCGCUCAAGCAGGCGCUGCUCGAGCUGAACUACGUGGACGACGAGCGGGCCGCGCGCGUCGCGGCCGUGGUUGGCGAGCAGAGCCAGCGGCAGCUCCACGAGGUCGACCACCUCCGCCGCUGCCUGGGCCAGCUGGCGGCCGCAUCCUUCGAGCUGGAGCACCGCAUGAACUCCGAGAUGCGCUCUGGCGUCCUCCAGGAGCUGGGGAAGCUGGACGCCGCGCUCCUGGAGGCGCAGUCCGUGCCGGAGCAGUACCGCACCGCAAUGCUGGACGCGGUGCUGGAGGAGAGCGGGGAGCUGCAGCGCAACGUGCUGCGCCAGCUCGGCGAGAGCGACAAGAUGCCCUUCGGGCUGCAGCUGAAGGCCAAGGUCGCGCUGGAGGAGCGUCAGCGCUCGCCGCCGCCGGAGCUCGACGGCGCGGGCGGCGGCGCUCCGGCAACGGGGGCGCGGACAAGCCGCGCCCCGCAGCCAGAGGCUAGAGGCCAGAGGUCCGAGGACGCCGCCUACUUUGUCGAGGCGCUCCACGAGGACAUCCGGAUCCUCGAGUUGGCGGCGGGGCGCGUGCGGACGAAGCACCAGCUCGAGUUCCAGAGGCUGCGCCAGGCCUGCGAGGACAAGGUGCGCGGCGUCGCGUCGAACCUCGCCUCCAACGCCGAGCACUGGGAGCGGGUGGCACAGGUGCGCGAGCGCGCCCGGCUCAUCGGCGAGGAGCUCGCCCUCGCGCACAGGCAGGGGGAGGCCGCGACCGCUGCUGUGGAGUCCCUGGACAGCCACGUCGAGAGAAUGGCGAAGGACCGCGACCGCCUCUCCCAGUGGUGGGAGGGUAAGAGCAGGGCCCAGGUCGAGCUCGAGGACGACCUGGCACGGUGCGACGGCCGCGGCGUAGACCUGCACAAGCUGCAGGCGCGCUCGGCGGACGCGUCCAGGGAGGCGGAGCGCCUUAUGCUCGAGCUGGCGACCGAGCACCCGCCGAGGGCCUGCCUCGCGAGGGCCGCCCCCGCGCGCGAGAUGUCGGCAGCCCCGGUGGCACCUGCGGAUGGCCCUUCGGGGGCCCUCGCGCCGGCCGCCGCCGAGCCCACCGCCGAGGCGCCGGCGGCGGCGGCCGCCCCCGAGCCCACCGCCGGGACUGGCGCCAGCGCCCCGUCUCGGCCGCCCAAGGCGGGCCGAGGCAAGGCGGCGAAGGCGCCGGCGGCGAGAGGCCCGGCUUCGGCGGAGGCAGAGCCCGCCACGCUGAAGCCCGCGGCCGCAUCGCGGGAGGACAACCUCACCUACGACCUAAGGCACAUGGCGGCGUUCGACAUAAGCCCGCUGCAUCCAAAGGUCGACUUCUUGGAGUAUACCCGCGACUCCGUGCAGCUGCUCGUGAACAAGAUCUAUGCCCUGCCGCGCAAGCAGCUGGAAGAGGGGACUGUGGCCGAGCUCCCUCAUGAGGAGCUGUUCAGGCUGCCGCGUCAGAAACCGGUGCCCAAGCAAAAGCCAAAGACGCGCUGGCAACAGUUCAUGGAGGAGCGCAACAUGAGGAAGAGAAAGAGGAGCAAGCUCGUCUUUGACGAGGAGAGUGGUGAUUGGAGGCCUCGCUGGGGAUACGGCAGCGUCAAAAAGGCCAAGGAGGCCCGAUCGUUCAUCCACGAGGUAAAGGAGGGCGAGAACCCGUACGCGGACCCCUUCGCGAAGGCGGCGGCGGAGAAGAAGCUGAUCGCCGCGAAGCAGAAGCUGCGGGAAGUGAGGAACAAGGUCGAGGCCGCGGGGGGGAAGAUCCGCGCGAGUGUGCCGGAGCUGCUGAAGAAGGGGGACCCCACGGGCGGCAGCAGCGGCCGGGGCAAGGACGGGCUCCGGGAGGCCGUGCGGCGGGCGCAGGUCUCCUCGGCGUCCAAGGGGAAGUUUGAUCGCCUCGCGACUGGAGAGGCCAGCAACCUCCAGCCCAAGAAGCGGAAGAUCGAGAUGGCCCAGAAGCCCGGCGAGGAGAAGGAGCGGUACCUGAAGGCGGCCACGCGUGUGCUCUCCUCCGACGGCGCCGUGGACAAGGACAAGGCCGCGAAGGUUGGCGCCGGAGGGGCCCCUGUCGCGAGGGGCAAGAAGGGCAAGGGCAACAAGGGGACGCCUGGCGGCGGCCGGCGCAGCAAGCAGGGGAACAGGAAGCCGAAGUCCGGCCGCGCGAAGCGGUGA